UACAUUUAUGAAUAAUGCACACUGCAUUGAAAAUGCCUGGGAAUUUUAUACAUGCGUUGAGUACAGCUAAAACGAGUGAAAAAGAGCGGCUUAUUCUUGAGGAGCUCAGACAAGAGUUGCUUCCCUUGGACACAGUUCCUCCAACAGAAUCUGAAGAAGACGUGUUUGAGCAAGAGUUCCUGAAAUACGCCAAAGCAUCAUUUGAAGACAGCAAUCCAUUCCCAACAAAGAGUCCAGCAACUUUGUUCACGGAAGAGGAUGACCUGAAUCGUUUCACAUGUUAUCUGUUUGAGAGACGCUACGGUUGGUCAGAAGUGGGGAAGGACGGCCCCCGCAGAGUGCGCCGCUUGUCAUGUGGUAGUGUUCUUCCAUCGGACAAUGUUCACCACAAGGCCAUUAUCAAUGAUAUUCUGGGGAAUGUAAUUUUAUGGUAUCGUCACCAGCCUUUGAGUGUGGAAUUGCUGAAGGCAUACAUUUACACACUACGCCAGGCUUCUCAGGUUCCUGUUGUGCGCAACCAAAGCUUUGUUCACAUAAUGGACUGGGUCAAAAGACAGGCCAAGGAUGUCUCUGUCCACCAAGGGGUUUUUGAUCUUGUUAAGAGUAUAAUUGUGUCUGGUCUGACGGAUGUUUGGUCUGCCAUACGCUCAGCCUGUGCCUCUCGACUCUCUCCAGUGUGUGCUGAACUUGAUCCAGAUGACCUGCAAGCUCUCUUUAAGGAGCUGACCAAGAUUUGUCAGGAUGAUGGCAGUUCUUGGCAGUCUGUGGAAGGAGCUGUGAUGGGGUUGAAUGCUGUGAUCAAAGGGUUCCCCUGGAGGGAACUCAAUGAGGAUGGUGAUCAAACACCUGGUCAACCUGGAAGGGCCCAGGUGUGUGAUAAAGGAGUGGCUGAGUUGUUGAGAUCUGUAUCAGGCCAGGUGAAGGAUGUGAUCUAUCCUUUAUUGUCCCACCCCCAGCUGACAAUUAGAGAACAAGCCACCAAGACGUUAGCAUCUUAUCUCUCCAGAAACCACUUCAAGGAAUCUCUAGUCUGCUUUGAACAAGUGAUUGAAAGGCUUUGUCAGGGAACAAGACCAUUCCUGAAGAACACAAAACAAGUGUCUUCGGUUCACCUUGCUGCCUUGAAUCCAGACUACAGAUUCCUGGAUGCCUAUGCUGCGGAGGGGCUCCUCAGUGUCUGCGUGCUUCUAGUCAAGAGAAUACCUGUGGGUUACCUGUUGCCCCAGUGGCCUCGCUAUCUUUCCACGUUCCUCUUGUACCUAAUGCACCCAGCCUCCACUGUCAGACAAACCACCAGCUCAGUCUUCAAGUACCUGGUAUCAACUGGCAGCACAAAUCCAGUGUUUGUGAAACUAGUAUUGUCAGAGUUGAUCAAGGAUUGGAUGCCUAAUGUCCAGAGACUGAGUCAAUCAGAUGAGGGAGGGCCAAAAACUCCAGGUGACAGCAUGUCAGCUAACAGAUCAUCUGUGGUGCAAGUAAACACAUCUGAACCUGCUUCACUAUCCUCAACCUGGGAAUGGCGAGAAGGUCGACUGUUUGCUUAUGAGCUGAUUGUGAAGUUCUUGAUCAAGAAUCACUGGCUGUACACAUUUGGCCCUGCAGGUCAGGCGCAGUCUGCUGACAAAACAACCAGCUGUGUGGCCCAGGGCAAAGAUUCACCCUCACGGAACCAGAUGACUCGCAGAAUCUCAGAAGCAACUGUUUUGUCACAAGUUUGUGAACAAGAUCAAAACUCCAACGACAAAACCCCAGACAAGAAUUGUGGAUCAUGUAGUCAGGAUAGCAAGUCUAGGGUUAUGACCACAGACUCAUUGUUAGCCAAUGGGAAGAACCUUGGCGGGACCAGUCACGGGCGACCCUAUUCCCCACGGAGCAGAUAUCAUGACCCCCAUUCACUGUGCAGGACCCCCGUGGGUAUGGCUUCAGUGUUCAGUCAGUUACAGAAACUAGAACAGUCUUUACCCCAGGUAGAUGGAAGUUAUCAGUAUCCCUCAAAGGCAAUGGAAAGGCAACAAAGUAUUCUGAGAGGAAGUCUUCAAAACAACGAUUCUUGUGCCCAGUCUGCAACUUGGCUAAAUGAGGUAGAACUUAAUCCAAUGACCAGUCUUCUGACCACCAUGUUCUAUCAGAUUACUGAGUGUGUAGUGGAUGGCCAGUGGGAGCUCCGUAGGAUGGGCAUACAGACUUUACCUUGUUUGACGGAGAUGAUGCGCUGGUAUGACAUGACAGUUGUAGUAUGUCUACUAUCUUCUCACCUGACAGCCACCCCCACCCCGCUCACAUUUACCUGUAUCCUUACCCUCAGAGAUUCCCUGCUCCAUGCCUCCACCCUGCAGCUUCUGUCCAGAAACCCGCCCCAAGCCUGGCAGGAUCAAGAUCGAUGUAAAGAUGCAAUAAUAAUGAUCUGCUGCCAUGUGCAGGAAAAUCUUGAACGUUAUCUCCCUUUGGUGGAAAAAUUGUUAACUAGAGGGAGCUAUGAUAAGCUGUCUGUGAUUGCCUGUUGUGCUCUUAUGAUGGCUGUGUCAAAUUUCCAUCUGGCAAAAUAUCAGGUAGGUAUUAUAGCUGGCCACCUUGAGCUUUUCAGCCUGCCUGUAAAACUAGAACCGCACAGUGUGCACUGGGACUAUUGGAAGCGCCUAUUCUGUCUGACUCACCCUGACAGCAGCUGUAGUGCUGAGCUCAUCCUCCACCUCUCUCGGUGUACAUUCCAGUCUCCGGAACAGGGAUACCUCAGCUGCUGUUUGGUGCGACCAGAAGGGCCUUUACAGUGUGCCAAGCAGGUGGAGAAAGUGUUCAUGAUGGAAUCUCAGAACAGUCUAUUCCCGUUCAUCAAAACCCAGGCCUGUCAAGAUGCAGCCUUCCUGUUGCCCAUUCUCGCUCACAGCACUGGUACCUUUUCUGGGGAUUCUAGUCUCUCUAAAGUCCUUGUUGACUGCUUAAGUCAUCUAUCCACUAAAACAGUUGAUGUGGUCCUUAAAGAGGAUUGUUCUUUUCGUGGUGAUGGCAUUCGUUACAUCUAUCUGACACUCAAGGAACUUUCCUGUCAGAUUUCUUCAAAGACUCUCGACCUACAAGUUGUUCGUCAUCUGUUGGAAAUCUACCUGACUCUAAGCAGAGCUAUUGUACUGAAAAAGCACUUGUCCUCUUUACUGACUGCUAUAUGUGCCCGAAUUAACCAGACCAGCUCUUUUAUGGUACAAGUGUCCCCACGGCCAGCUGAUGACCUGGCUAUUCUGUCAAAUGACAUCCCUCCCUCGUCCAACUCAGAUGUCGAGUCAGAAAACAGUGACUCAGAAGAAGUUUGUAAGGAGGGGUGUUCCAGCCAGUUUGCAAACUCAGUUUAUUAUUUUUUCACCUUACAGCAUACUUCACACUACUCAAACUCACUAAUCGUGUUCCUUCCAUAUAUUUAUUGCAAGGGUCCUCCAUGGCCAAGGUGGUUAGCAUGCCAGCACGGCACAAUGACCCAGGAGCCUCCUACCAAUGCAGUAGCUGUGAGUUCAGGUACAGCUCAUGCUGGCUACCUCUCCAGUUGUACGAGGGAAGGUCUGCCUGCGACCUGCAGAUGGUUGUGUUGCUCUGCCCGAAUGUAUUUAACUAUAUUUGCAUUAUGUCUUACAGGUGGCCCUCAACAUAUGUUCCCCGAGUGUUUCACCCUCAAUGUCAGCAACAACAGUGGUAGUUUUGCCUCGGGACGCCUGAGUGCCCUGAGCACCCACAGCUCGGUGGUGUCUGAAGGUCGUGUGAUGACCCCUGCCUCAUCGGUACAGUCAGACGGGGAACAGAACUCUGACUGGGAUAGCUGGAGUGAUGAGGAGGAGGACCAGUCAGUUGAGAUGAGCAUGUUUGCAGAUUUCUUGGAAAAACUUCAGUUUAAAUCAACAGGCAACACCUCUGUAUUUAAGACAGAAAUCCAAAAGCUGGUAGACUCGGACAAGAGGCUUAUACGUACCUUGCUGGAUAACAGUAUAUGAUGUGGGUUUAUAUGCAAUUUUAGUAACGAAAUUCUGGUCAUUUCCUGUUGUGUGAACUUACAUUUGACAUGGACUUCUGUGUAGUUGUUUAGGGGUGUGGUGGGGUUUGGGAAGGGAGGAGUUUCACUGGUUGUAGGGCUGGGGAGAAAGUCCGUCCUGUAUUAUAUAGUACUGUAGUGAUUUCUUCCAAGCAUUAUCUGGAUCAUUGAAUAAGUGAAUCUGUUGGUAUAAAAACAACCAUUAGCUAAGUGAGUG